UAUGGAGCAUUUGCAACGUCCUCUCUUUUAAGUGACACCUCGAAGUAUAAUAUUUUCACUCUCACCCACCUUCUCCACCACCACCACCACCACCACCACCGUCUCCUGUCAUUUCUCAUUUAAUAGCCAUCAACCUUAGAUCUCCAUUUCUUUCCUUGACUUCAAUAUUCUCAUACUUUCUCUACUUAUCGAAGCUACAUUUGUACUGGUGACUGUCUGGCAGUGAUUUGACAUUGGUGGCAUUUGGGGCUGAUUACUUUUUGGGUUAGAUUUUUUCAGCUCGUCCGAUAUGGAUCGACGGAGUUGGCCUUGGAAGAAAAAGUCAUCCGACAAGACUGAGAAAGCGGCUGCCGCAGCAGAUUCUGGUGGAUCACAGGAAGAGAAGGAUAGCUAUAAAAAACCCAGCCAUGUUCAAAUUUCUGUGGAAUCAUACACCCACCUGACUAGUUUAGAGGAUCAAGUGAAGACAUACGAGGAACAAGUUCAGACACUAGAGGGAGAGAUUAAGGACUUGAAUGAAAAGCUGUCUGCAACCCAUUCAGAGAUGACUACCAAAGAAAACCUGGUGAAACAACAUGCUAAAGUUGCUGAAGAAGCUGUUUCAGGUUGGGAAAAGGCUGAGGCAGAAGCUUUGGCAUUGAAAAAUCAUCUAGAAUCGGUCACCCUCUCAAAGCUCACUGCUGAAGAUCGGGCAUCACAUUUGGAUGGUGCUCUUAAAGAGUGCAUGCGGCAGAUACGAAAUCUAAAAGAAGAACAUGAACAGAGAGUGCAGGAAAUUGUUCUCAACAAGAACAAGCAAUUGGACAAAAUUAAGAUGGAUUUUGAAGCAAAAAUUGCUACUUUAGACCAAGAGCUCCUUAGAUCUGCUGCUGAAAAUGCUGCACUUUCAAGGUCAUUGCAAGAGCAUUCUAACAUGCUGAUCAAGAUAAGUGAAGAAAAGUCACAAGCUGAGGCUGAAAUCGAGCACUUGAAGAGCAAUAUUGAGUCAUGUGAAAGGGAAAUAAAUUCACACAAAUAUGAACUUCAUGUAAUUUCUAAAGAACUGGAGAUUCGUAAUGAAGAAAAGAAUAUGAGCAUAAGAUCUGCUGAAGCUGCCAACAAACAGCAUAUGGAGGGUGUCAAAAAAGUAGCUAAGCUGGAAUCAGAGUGCCAAAGAUUACGCGGUCUUGUUCGGAAGAAGUUGCCAGGUCCUGCUGCACUUGCCCAGAUGAAGCUAGAGGUUGAGAGUUUGGGCAGAGAUUAUGGAGACUCUAGAUUGAGGAGGUCUCCUGUUAAGCCUCCAAGUCCUCAUUCGUCCUCGGUGACUGAAUUUUCUCUGGACAAUGUACAGAAAUUCCAUAAAGAGAAUGAGUUUCUCACAGAGCGUUUAUUUGCAAUGGAGGAGGAAACAAAGAUGCUGAAAGAAGCUUUGGCAAAGCGUAACAGUGAACUGCAGGCUUCUAGGAAUCUGUGUGCUAAAACAGCAAGCAAGCUUCAGAGUUUAGAAGCUCAAUUUCAUAUCAGCAAUCAACUGAAAAGUUCCCCAAAAUCAAUCAUUCAGGUUCCUGCUGAAGGUUACUCUAGUCAAAAUAUUAGCAAUCCACCUAGCUUAACCAAUGUGUCUGAAGAUGGAAAUGAUGAUACACAAAGCUGUGCUGACUCUUGGGCAACGAUAUCGAUCUCCGAGUUUUCCAAUUUCAAGAAAUACAAUCACAGUGAGAAGUUGAACAAGGCUGAAAACGCAAAGCACCUUGAGUUUAUGGAUGACUUCUUGGAGAUGGAGAAGUUGGCUUGUUUAAAUGCAGACAGUGCCGCUACCACUUCAAAUUCUCCAAACAACAAGACUUCUGAAGUUGCCAAUAGGGAUGCUUCAGGUGAGAUUUCUUUGCAAAAAGAAAAUACCCUGUCUGAAGAGAAGCACAAUUUGGAUCCACCGGUUAAUCAUCUGUCUUGCAAUAAGGAUUCUUCAGCCAUAGAAUCAGGAUCUGAUGCAGACCUGUCAUCAUUCAUGAAGCUCCAGUUGAGAAUCUCUAUGUUACUUGAUUCUGGGUCUAAGAAGGCUGAUUUGGGGAAAAUUUUAGAAGAUAUUAAGCAGGUUGUGCAGGAUGCAGAAACUGGUGCAAGCUGCGUUUCCAAAGAAGCACACUGUUCUGAUGCAACAACACAUGACAGGCAGACUUGUCCUGAAGAUGCUGGCAUAAUGGGAGAGAAGGAAAUCGAAUUGUUCCAAGAGAGUAAGACAGCCGCACAAAUUAUGCACACAGUAAGCCAGGAGUUAUUGCCUGCCAUUUCUCAGAUUCAUGACUUUGUAUUAUUGCUGGGUAAAGAAGCAAUGACAGUUCAUGACACUUCUUGCGAUAGCAUUGGUCUGAGCCAGAAAAUCAAGGAGUUUUCAAUCACUUUUAAUAAAGUUUUAUACAGUGACAGAAGUUUGGUUGAUUUCGUAUCUGACCUUGCUCAUAUAUUAGCUCUAGCCAGUGGGCUCAGAUUCAAUGUCCUGGGAUAUAAAGGCAAUGAGGCAGAAAUCAGCAGUCCUGAUUGCAUAGAUAAGAUUGCUUUACCCGAGAACAAGGUUGUUCAAAAGAAUUCAUCAGUAGAAACAUAUCAGAAUGGCUGUGCCAACAUUUCUAGCCCUACCUCUAAUCCUGAGGUGCCUGAUGAUGGAAAUUUGGUACUGGGCUAUGGAUCAAACACCACAUCGUGCAAGGUCUCAUUGGAAGAGUUUGAAGAAUUGAAAUCAGAGAAGGACAACAUGGCCAUGGAUCUAGCUAGAUGUACUGAAAAUUUUGAAAUGACAAAGUCUCAGUUACAUGAAACCGAGCAGCUUCUAGCUGAAGUUAAAUCCCAAUUGGCUUCUGCACAAAAGUCUAACAGCUUGGCGGAGACACAGCUUAAAUGCAUGACAGAGUCAUAUAGGUCACUUGAAACACGUGCACAGGAGUUAGAAACUGAGGUAAACCUUCUGCGGUUGAAAACAGAAACUUUGGAAAAUGUGCUUCAAGAAGAAAAAAAGAGUCAUCAGGGUGCUUUGACCAGAUGCAAGGAACUAGAAGAGCAACUGCAAACGAACGAGAGCUCGACAGUGACUGACAUUGAGUGCAAACAGGAGAAAGAAAUAGCGGCUGCUGCAGAAAAGCUUGCAGAGUGCCAAGAGACGAUAUUUCUUCUUGGCAAGCAGUUAAAUUCUCUGUGUCCCCAAACAGAGAUCAUGGGAUCUCCUUACAGUGAGAGGAGUCAAAUUGGCGAUGUUUUUGCUGAAGAUGAACCUACUACAAGUGGCAUGAAUUUGCAGGACUUCGAUCAAGCUGAGAUGGACACAGGUGGUUUAGCCAAUAUACACAAAGCAGGGGCGGAAUCUCCCAUCAAUUCAUACAACCAUCCAUGCAGUCCAUCUGAUACAGAAUCAAGCCUCUUGAGAUCCCCAGUUGCUUCAAAGCCUCCAAAACACGGGCCUACAAAAUCUUCAUCUUCUGCCCCAAUGCUGGAGAAACAUUCUCGAGGAUUUAGCAGGUUCUUCUCCUCGAAAGGGAAGAAUGGUUAUUAGCCCGGCAGGUUGCAGGUCUAAUAGUGUUGUGGUCGAUAAAGAUCCAUUUAGCAAUAAUCUGAAUCACCAAACAUGGAGUCGUCGACCAUAACUGGUGCUAGAAUCACUCGUGUAUUAUUCAAGCUCGUGACCCUGAGUUUGUUCAAGUUUCAUAUUGUGAAACGAUGCUUUAAACACUGGGUAAUUUUUUGUAACUAAUGACUGUAUAUGGUAUCCACAUCUAUUACUAGUUUCCUUGCCUCCUGCAACUCUGUGAAUGGAACAUGACGUAGUUUCUGGACGGGGACCUACCACAUCGAAUGUAAUUGUUUUUUGGCAGAUUGGUAUGAUUGUUCUUUUUCGACAUACGAACAGUUGAUGUUGUCAGUUCUCAAAUAAUAUUGUGAAAUGAUAAUAAGUAGCUGAGUUUUUGAGCAA